AGAGACGCGUUGAUGUGUGUGGUUUGAAGUUUUUUUGUUUUGUAAACAGCUAGACAGCUUCGUUCUUCAAAUUUUGCUAUUGCUGCAUGAGGACAGUAUCUGCACUCCUCCAAAGCUGCUGAAGCUGUGAGGAGAGCGGGCGAGUACAAUGGCGGAUUUACCUACUUCUAUACAGUUCGAUCAGGAAGCCGUGGUACUGCGCAAGAGUGAGCUGUUCCCAAAGAAAAAUUGCAUUCAUGAUGAUGAGCCUGUGGAGAACAUCACACCGCCAAUGCAUGGGGAGAGCUUUCUCUUCUGCGGCCGGUGUGGAAAGGACAACAGCCAAGUUAUCCUGCUGACAACGUACCGCCUGCUGGUGUUGCAACCGAAGCAGUGGUUUGCUAUAGCACCGGUUGGUAUUCUGCUCUCCAUAGACCAGCAUGAUAAUAGUCUCCUCGUGAAGUUCAAGGAUGGACGACACUGCAUCAUCCAGUUCUCCAGCACUGAGCGCUGUUUGCUGUGGCAGCACCGACUUUCCGCUGCCAUCCCUCCGCCUGCGAAGCUGCAAGAUCACUUUGCGUUCGCCUUCCAUGCAUGGCUGUUUGACAGCGUUGGGCAGCUAUGUCAGCAAACUCCCAACAACCUCGAGUGGUUUUACCAGGAGAUCCGGCGACUCGGCUUCUACGAUCAUCCGCUAUGGCGGACGACGGAUUGCAACAUAGAGUUUAGAGUAUGCCCAACGUAUCCGCAGCUGUCGAUUGUGCCUGCCUCCAUGAAGGAAGAUAAUGUCCGGACGGCAGCCAAGUUCCGUAUUUUGUCACGCUUUCCGGCCGUCGUGUGGAGGCAUGCUAGUAAUGGUGCUGUACUGGCACGAUGCUCUCAGCCGCUCAUCGGCUUGCUAGGGUACCAGAGAUGCGGCGAGGAUGAGAAGAUGAUCGAGGGAAUAGCAAAGGCUGUUGUUCUAGAUCGGGCAUUGGCCAACAAGGUUAUCACGAAAGAGGAAGCGGUUAGAUGUGUUAACGAAAGUUCCUGCAAGCUCAAAACUCUGUUAGGUGAAGAGAAGGCAACACGGAUUGAUAUGCCAUCAUUGCUUGUCGUCGACAUGAGGACCUAUGCUGCUGCCAUGGCCAAUAGAAGCAAGGGCGGUGGCACGGAAAGCAAAGACUACUACCCAUGCAUAGAGCCCGUGUUUCACAAGAUUCCCAAUAUCCAUUCGGUGCUGCAAAGCUAUGAGGCAAUGUCAACUCUCUGCCAGACUCAGUCAACCAACUCUCAAAGCUGGAUGAGCCAGUUGGAGAGCACCCAGUGGCUACACUUCCUGUCCGCUCUGUUAGAGUCUGCCGUGCACAUUGCUCACACACUGUGUGUGGAUGCUCGGCCAGUGCUUGUGCACUGCUCCGAUGGCUGGGACCGCACGGCGCAGGCCACGUCGCUCUCACAGCUGCUUGUCGACCCAUUCUAUCGCACGUUUGAGGGGUUCACAACUCUCAUCAAGAGAGAAUGGCUAGGUUUUGGACACAAGUUUGCAGAUCGCUGCGGUCACUCGACCCAUGCCGAGCCUAGCCCAGUGUUCGUGCAGUGGCUUGAUGCAGUUCACCAGGUGAUGCAUCAGUUCCCGCUGGCCUUUGAGUACAAUGAGAACUUCCUGGUCAAACUUGCUGAGCAUGUGUACAGCCGUCUGUUUAGCAACUUCCUGUGCAACUGUGAGAAGGAUCGCAUUGCGAAUGCCCUGAAGGCAAAGACGCUGGAUGUAUUCAUGGUGCUGAGCAAGGAUCGCAAAGACUUCGUCAACUAUUUGUACGACAGGGACCACCACGCGCUCCUAGUGCCUGGAUUUGGUGUACAACACAUGGUCCUGUGGAAGCGCAUGUAUCUGCGUCCUGUUCGUAAUAUCAUGCCCGGUGGAUCUGACGCGAGAGAAGGACCGAGAGUGCAGCCGACCUCGUCAGCAGUAGCCUUCCCCAGCUAUGAGAUAGAGAGUUCGUAUGAUGCUUCCCUGCGCUUGUCACUGGCUCCCGGCGCAGUGCCUGAACGAGGAUCAUUGCUGGAGUGUCUGCAGACACAGCAGCGCAACAUCAACCAAGAGCUUCAGCGGCACGGAGCAGAACCACGGCGUACACACAGCACUCCUCCCGCGGACCGCGGCCACUACUCCCAGCUAUCUAAGGCAAGCCCCAUAUCGGCCUCUGACGAUCGGAUCUCGUCCAAGAUGUCGGCAUCACCAGCUCAGAGCAUCCCCACCACGGGUAGCCAGCGCACCUCCGGCAAGACAAUCCGGCGCGUCAGCUCCAGCGACGGCCUGUGCGGUUCGUACGAGUAUCUCAGCUGGUCGUCACCGAAGACAAGCAAGCUACACUCGCACACAGACUACCACCCACCACCUAUCACCGCUGCACAGGCUGCUGCACAGGCUGCUGCUACUGCCGCUGCUGCAGGUUCUGUUAGCAGUGGCAGUGCAGCGGCGGCAGCUAACGGCUUUCACGUGGCCUCGGCGAAAGUAGUGACCACGCCGCAGCGUCGACGAGCGGCAGAGCAGCUAGCGGACGUGCAAGUGGUGCAGGAGGCGCUUUCUGGUGAUGCGAGCAGUCUGGAGCUAUCCCCGACACUGGCCCAGGAGCCUGCUCAGUCUGUGAUGACAUCCAGUAACGAAGAGGUCACUACGCCUCGCAACGAGCUGUCGACAUCGACCGAGUGCGUCAGCCCUUCUUCUUCAUCGCCAGUAACCGUGUGUGCUACCAGCCAUGCCACAUGCAUUCCCGUUGGCAGACGCUCGUCACCUUCUCCCGAGGAGUCUGAACGCGAACGGUGGCCCAUGUCGUUACCGGAAUUGCGGGAAACGGACCAGGAACUCACCGCAGCAUCUUCCGAUGUCCCUGAUGGCAAGAAGGAUGGUGCUAGCUUGCGCCAACGGUGUGGCCAAGAAGCCCGUGCUAAGCCAGAGGACGAUUCCGGCUGUCCUUCGUCACCCUCAUCUCCUACAUCCAGUAACCUGGAGUCUACAGUAGUAGAAGGAGAGUAUGCGCAAGCUGACUGGCUGGUACCACAGUUCAUGCUGGAUGUGGACGGGCUGCCGAUGCUGCAGGACCCGGUACAGGCAUUGCUACAGCGCAACGAGCAGCAACACGAGGCUGAGCUAAGCGGCCUGGAGGCUAAGAUCGAGCACCUCAACCACGUGUUAAGACAAGCCACUGCCCAGUGUUUGUCUGACGAACAGCACCGAGAUUUAUCUGCGGCGCUUGCCGACGAUAUGGAAAGGAAAAGCUCCGUCUCGAGUGACAAGAGUGACAUGUCGAGUACCGCCAGCAGUGUUGCACAUUCCUGGGAGGCUGUGGACAGCAACGAAGGACAGCCGAUACGCUGGGUGCCUGACCAUGCUGCUAAGGAGUGCAUGGGUUGUGGAUCAAUGUUCUGGGGACUGCUUAUACGCAGGCACCACUGCCGAAACUGCGGCGGUGUGUUCUGCUACAGCUGCUCAUGCUACAGUGUGCCAGUGCCAAGCGAGCAGCUGUCCAACCCUGUACGUGUGUGCCGCACCUGCUAUGACAAGCUGGACGGACCACGCUAUGAGCGCCAGAUAGAGCUACAGCAUCAGCUACUCGCCGCCAGUAGUUAAGACGUGAUGUGUUUGCGCCGUGUGUACUUGUUAGUUCAAUCGUCGUGACGAUGACGAAAAUAUUGCUGAACUCCCUUUCUCGCACACACUCUCACUCCCACUCGCACACACUCUCACUCCCACUCGCACACGGCAUGCACCGUGACUUCACGUACAUCCGCCGAAAGCAUUACCGCGGGCACAGCAUGAAAUUAGGACUGUGUACAUUCCACAAACAAGCUCUUUUGGGGGGUGAUUUCCCCGAAGAAAACCUGGCCGUGCUAUAAUAUGUUGCCUGCUUGUGAGUACUUCAAAGUAUUAUUUUUACUAGGUAUAUCGUGUGUGCUGUAUUGUUAGAUAGACUGUAUGCAGGACUUGGCUUGCCCCUGUACACGCCCUACAGGCCGUACACGCCCUACAGGCCGCAGAGCUUUGCCCGUUUGCGUACAUCAUAGUACAUUCACGCUGCAGGCGGGCAGUUGUACAUACCUUGGCUGACGAUCGAUGAACGAUCGUGUCUAGGAUGUCUCUAUUUUCUGCGUCUUGCGUUUCAUGUGCAGCACGUUUGCAUGGUUCUUUUAGUGUAGCUCAUCCUGUAGUUGCGUUCGUCCCUUUGUAUUUCUGCACUGGUCGUCGCGCACACAGUAGCAUAUCUAACCAUACGUCAUCACUGCUAAUCUUCACAGUAGCAUAUCUAACCAUACUUUAUCACUGCUAAUCUUCACGUAUUGUCUAGGUAACUGGCGUUUUAAGACCCCCCACACACUCUUGCUUCCUCCCUCUGCAAUAUAUAUAUAUUAUAUAUAUUUCGCCUUCAUCUAAAUUCAUUCCGACGUCUUCUGUGGCGGUCUUGUCAGGACCUUGCACUUAUACGCCCCGGUACCUUCAAGGAUACUGCUUCUGUUCAUCACAUCGUCAUCAGCGUCUACCGCAAUUGUCACCAAAGAUCUCCUCGUGUUUACCGGCGACUGUUUUAUUCAUUUCCUGCCUCAGUCUCCAGUUGAUGUUUAUAGUGGCGUCUUGUCACUGUCUUGCAUGCACAUGAGUACAGCAUGUAUAACGGUUUUUUUGUUUUGUUAUUUUCCCCCAUACAAACUUUUAUUAUAGCCUCUGCUGCUCAUGAUUGAUUUUUUUAGACGCCCAUUUGCUACGAGCAAUAUCUGCUGGUCGCUUAGUAUCUUUCGAGGUGUUAUCCUUGGAAGUUUAUUUUUAUUUUUAAAAGUUUUUUUCUGUCGUCAGUCUGCCGGUUUUCAUUCAGCAGUUUUGCUUCGACCAGUGAGUUUAAGGGAAACCGAUUGCAAUCGCGGUGAUUUCA